AUGAUGGCGACCAGGGGCAUUGACGACAAGAAUGCGGUGCAGCAGGUGUCGGAAGAUGCCAGCGAGAAGAGUACGGCCGUUCCGCCGGCAAUUGUGGGCGACAAUGCGGAGCUGUACCGCGAGGCCAUUGCGCGGUAUCCGGACGAGAGCUCCAUCGACGCCGAGCUGGAGCGGCAGGUUGUGCGCAAGCUGGACCGCCGCAUUCUGCCAGUGCUGGGCCUGUGCUAUUUCUUCUACUAUGUCGACAAGACCACGCUCUCGUAUGCGGCCAUCUUCGGGAUCAAGGCCGACCUUGGCCUGCACGGCCAGCAGUACUCGUGGCUCUCCAGCAUGUUUUACUUUGGCUGGCUCUUCUGGUCGAUCCCGUCGAACCUGCUGAUGCAGCGAGCCCGUCCGGGCUGGUAUCUAGCCCUGAAUAUUUUCAUGUGGGGUGUCUUCUUGAUGUGCCAGGCGGCGGCGCAAAGCUUCGGCGCCGUAGCAGCGCUGCGGGUCAUCUCGGGCGCGUUCGAGUCGAUUGCGGACCCGGCCUUUAUGCUGUACACGUCCAUGUUUUACACGCAGGCGGAGCAGCCGUCGCGGAUCUCGGCAUGGUAUGCGUGGAACGGGAUAGGGGUGGCCGGAGGGGGGUUAAUUGGCUAUGGUAUCGGUCAGAUUAAAGGCGGACUCGCGUCCUGGCGCUACGAGUUCCUCAUCGUCGGGGCGCUCUGCUCGGGCUGGGCGCUCUGUCUGCUGGUGGCGCUGCCUAACUCACCGACGCGGUUCCGUGGUUUCUCGCACGACGAGCGGCUGGUGAUGAUCGCACGCAUGCGGCGCAACCAGACGCGGUUUGAGCAGCGCACGAUCAACUGGACGCACGUGUGGGAGGCCUUCGCCGACUACAAGACCUGGCUCUUCUUUCUGCUCGGGUUCGUGUCGAAUGUGCCAAACGGCGGCAUCUCCAACUUCUCUACGCUCGUCAUCCAGGGCCUCGGCUUCAACACGCUGCACACGGCUCUGCUGGGCAUUCCGCAGGGUGUUAUCGUCGUACUCUGGAUUGGCCUCGGUGCUUGGGUAAACCGGCAUAUGCCGCUCAACAGCCGCACGCUCGUGUGCGCCGCCUUUAUGCUGCCCACGAUCGCCGGUGCCCUGGGCUUCUUGCUGGCGCCAAAGGAUGCCUACGUCGGGCGUCUGAUCUGCUUCUACCUGACUGGCUCGUAUCAAGCGUCCUUUGUGAUCUGCCUCUCGCUCGUCACCGGCAACACUGGCGGCCAGUCGAAGAAGAUGAUUGUAGCCGGCAUGAUCUGGGCCGGCGCCUGUGUCGGCAACAUCUCCAGCCCGUUUUUCUAUCGGAGCAAGCAGGCACCAACAUACCACCUGGGCAUCGGGUCGCUGCUCGUGGCCAACUGCCUCGAGCUGCUUCUCUUCUUCGUCUUUCGGGCCGUCUUCAUCUGGGAGAAUCGAAAGAAGGAGCAGCAGCGGGCAGAACUGCGUGCGGACGGGGUCGUGACAGACGACUCGUACGGGCUCAACACCACCGCCUUCGGGGAUCUGUCGGACAAGGAGAACAUAAACUUUGUCUACGUAUACUAG